ACAGACAGCUGUGGUUCCCUACCUUCCUAAGGACACACACCACCUGCCCACAGCCAUGGAUGUACCCUGGCUGCUGGGGGUUCUUCUGCUCCUCUUAGGGUCCCCCCCGGUCCAUGCUGAGCCACUGUACCUCCUGGUCACCCCUCGAGUCAUAAGAGUGGGGAGUCCCACAGUCAUCCACCUGCAGGCUGAGUCUGACUCUAGAGAACCCCUCACGCGGCCCCUGGAGGUGAACUUCACCAUGUGGGACUAUCCCCUGAAGAAGACGGUGCUGGGAAGUGGCCAGUUUCUCCUGGUGCCAGGAAAUAACUAUAUGGAUCAGAAGGCGGUGAUGAUUCCUGACAACCUGGUGUACCCCCCUAAACCUGGGCAGCAGUACGUCAUCAUAGAGGUCACCCAGCCACGCCCCACGGUCUUGCCUUCCAUGGAGAAGUUGAUCCUCGUGGCCCCUCACGUGGGCUAUAUCUACAUCCAGACAGACAAGCCUAUAUACACCCCUGACCACAUGGUUCAUUACCGAGUGUUCACAGUGAACCACAAGAUGGACCCUGUUAUCCAUCCCUUCACCCUAGACAUCAAGAAUCCAGAAGGGAUCGCUGUGCUUAGCAAAGAUCUUCUGGCCCAAGGUGGCCUCUUUGUCAGCAGUUUCCACCUCCCUGAGCUCAUCAGUCUGGGGACCUGGAGCAUCGAAGCCAGCUACCAAGUUGCACCCAAGCAGAAGUUCAAGGCAAGCUUUGAAGUGAAGGAAUAUGUCCUCCCAUCAUUCGAGGUCGAGCUGAAACCCAACAAGACCUUCUUCUCAUUCAGUGAUGAGGCCUUGGGUGUGGACAUCAAGGCCUGGUAUAUAUUCAACAAGCCUGUGGAUGGACACGCUCUGGCCAUUUUUGGGGUGAAGCUGGAUGCCAACCGGAUGUCCAUCCAGAGUUCUCUACAGAGAGUGGAGGUCUCUGAAGGUCUAGGCCAUGUCGUUCUCCAGAAAGACACCCUAAUGACCCUCUUUCAAGGCCCAGAAGAGAACUUUAUUGGAGCUACCAUAUUUCUCAAUGUCACCGUGUUCUCCACAGCCGGCGAGGUGGUCCAGGCUGAGACCUCAGGGGUGAAGAUCUUGCGGAGUCCGUACAAGAUCAAGUUCAUCAGGACACCCCAGUAUUUCAAGCCAGGGAUGCCUUUCCACUUCCGGGUCUUUGUCUCAAAUCCUGAUGGGUCCCCAGCCUCCGGAGUCCCCGUGCGCUGUCAAAACCAGAGAGUAUACACCUCGCCCAGUGGGGUAGCCACACUGAGCAUCAACACAGAAGCAAAGAUGAUGGAGCUGCCCAUCCUGGUGGAAACAGACCAGUCUUUUGAGAAGGGUGAACCGGCGUCAGCGGAGAUGGUGGCAUGGCCCUACUCCACUCAGGGUGGAUCUGGAAACUAUCUACACAUUGAAGUGAAGACACUGAACACAGAGGUUGGCAAUAAUAUUCAGCUAAGCCUCAACACAAAACAUGAGGAUCCCGCCACUAAGGACAAGAUCUCUCACUUCACCAUCCUGGUCCUGAGUAAGGGCCAGAUCGUGUAUGCCAAACAUCAGUUAAAAAGCCAAGGGAGUGUCUACACAUCAGCCAUCAUUGAUGUGACUUCAGAGAUGCUGCCUUCCUUCCGCAUCCUGGCGUUCUAUUUACUGCCCAAGGGAAGGGGUCAGGACCCUGAAUUGGUGGCCGAUUCAUUGUGGAUUGAUGUGGUUGACCGAUGCAUGGGGACGCUGAAGAUUGGCUUAAAGAAUGAAGGAUAUUCCCAUACCGUGGAGCCCGGCAGUAAAGUGGAUCUCAAAAUUACAGGUGAUGAAGAGGCCACAGUGGGGCUGUUAGCUGUGGACAAGGCUGUCUAUGUCUUGAACAGCAAAAACAAGCUGACACAGAAGAAGGUCUGGGAUGUGGUGGAGGAACAUGACAUUGGCUGCACAGCAGGCAGUGGGAAAAACAGACUGGCUGUAUUCAAGGAUGCUGGGCUGGACCUUAAGCUGAGCACGGGGAUGGAUACCCUGGCAAGUUCAGACUGGAGAUGUCCCCAGGAACCUCCAACUGCUCGCCACCGCCGAUCCCUGAAGAGGACAGAGACCAAAAAGAAUGCAGUGGACAAGUUCAAGACUGAGCAGGAGCGCAAGUGCUGCGAGGCUGGGCUCCGGGAAAGCCCCGCGGGGCUGUCGUGUGAAGAGAGGACCCGCCACGUGCGCCACGGUCCCCGCUGUGUGGCCGCCUUUCUGAACUGCUGUCACCUGUCUGAAACCUUGGCCCGGGAGGCACUGGAGGAGCAGCUGCUGCUGGGCACAGUGGCAGAUUUUGAUGAUGACGAUGACUUUGACGAAUCUCUUCUGGAUGACUUGCCCAUUCGGACCUACUUUCCUGAGAGCUGGCUAUGGAAAAAAGUCACUCUGCCCAAAAGCCAGUUGGGAAAACUCUCUGCACACCACUGCCAAGUGGACUUACCAGAUUCCAUCACUACAUGGCACUUUUUAGCCAUCAGCCUCAAGGUCGGACAAGGUCUCUGUGUCUCUGAGCCCUUUGAGCUGACGGUCAGGAAAGAUUUCUUUGUGGACCUGAAGCUGCCUUCCUCCAUCAUCAGGAACGAACAGGUCCAGAUUCAAGCCGUGCUGUACAAUUUCCGGGACCGCGGGUUCAAGGUCCGUGUGGAGUUCCCCUACAAGGAGGCUCUGUGCAGUGCAUCGAAGCCAGAAGCCCCCUCCCGCCAGGUGGUCUACCUGCCCCCCGCCUCAUCCAGGGCUGUGUCCUUCGUGAUUCUCCCACUGGAAUUGGGCAAAGUGGAUGUGGAAGUCAAAGUUGUGGGCAGUGGGAUGCAGGACCACGUGAAGAAGACCCUCCUGGUCCAGGCAGGUGGAGAGAUACAGAAAAUAUCCCAGAGCAUCUUCCUGGACCCCCAAGGUCAUAAACAGACAGAGGUGAUACCAAGACAAGAUUUUUCUAACCUGGUACCUGGCACGGAGGCAGAAGUGUUUAUCAGCGUUCAAGGUGACAUCCUUGGGGAAACAAUUCUGGGCAUCCUGACACCGAGAGAAAGACUCAAGCUCCUGAGACUCCCUUCCGGAUGCCCUGAGCAGACGUUGAGCUCCCUGACACCCGUCAUCAUCCUCACCCGCUAUUUGGAUACCACAGGACAGUGGGGCAAGGUUGGGGUGGAACAUAGGGAGCAGGUGAUGAAGAACAUUAUCAGCGGUUACACCAGGAUGCUGGCACACCGGAGUGCAGAUGGCACUUAUCACACCAGCAAAGGAAACCCAGGGAGCACCUGGCUCACGAGCUAUGUGUUCCGUGUGUUCUCCUUGGCAUAUCAAACCGCAGCCAUCAACACCUUGGAGCCCCGCGAUCUCUGUGCCUUGGCUAACUGGCUCAUCACCCAAAGACAGGCAGAUGAUGGACACUUUUUGGAGAAGGGGCCUGUAGUCAUGGCUUCUAUGCAGGGUGGUUACCAAGACACGGAGGCAGAGGAGUCCCUCACAGCUCUGGUCCUGAUCGCGCUGGAUGAGGGGAAGGAGUUAUGCGAGGAGACCCCGAAUCUGGCUGCCAGCAUGGAUCGGGCUCGUGGCUAUCUGGAAACUCGCCUCCCAGGGAUCAAUACAACCUUCGCUGUUGCCAUCGUCUCCUAUGCCCUGGCCCUCACCAGUAGUCCCAAAGCCAAUGACCGCCUGGACAGCUUCGCAAGCCAAUACAAAACCCAUUGGCCAGUGAAAUACAAGGGCCAGUAUACUCUUUACACCAUCGAGGCCACAGCCUACGCGCUGAUGCAGAAACUGAAGCUGGGUCACCACAAGGAGGCAGAAGCCAUUGCCAAAUGGCUUGUACAGCACCGGGAGAUAGGCGGAGGCUUCACCUCCACCCAGGCUACAGUGGUGGCCAUUGAGGCCCUCACCCGCUUCUCCGAGGCUGUCCCCUUCAUGGGUGCCCAGAAUCUCAACAUCAAAAUCAGUGUCCCCCAGAGAGCCUUGGACCUGAUAUGGACUAUCGAUGAACACAACGCCUACCAGCAGCGGUCUGCAAAGUUCUCUGCCCAGGAUGACCUAAAGAUUGAGGCCAGCGGUACCGGGAGAGGUACCAUCUCGAUUCUGACAAUGUACCAUAGGUCUCCGGAGUCCGGAGAGGACACGUGUCACUUGUACCGCCUGAAUGUGACUCUUGAGAGCAUCUCGAAAGCGAGCAAAAGUGGGGAAGAAACCUUCCGGCUUCUGCUGAGAACAAGGUACCAGGGAGACCGGGAAGCCACCAUGAGCCUGUUGGAAGUCGCCCUGCUCACCGGUUUCUCCCCCAACCAAGAUGACCUCAAGCAGCUGACCAACGAAAUGGAGACGUAUGCCUUCCAGUACGAGACCAAGACAAGCGCCAGUAACAGCACAAUUGUGUUUUACCUGGAGAAGGUGUCCCACGAGGUGGAUACGGUGCUGGGCUUCCGGGUCCACAAGCUGCUGCAGUCCGAGUUCCUGCAGGCCGCCCAGGUCACCGUCUAUGACUACUACGACCCCUCCCGAAGAUGUAGCGUCUUCUAUAACCUGCCCACACAGAGAGCCUCCUUGAGGAAGAUCUGUCAUAAAGACGUCUGUCGGUGUGCUGAGGAGCAAUGCCCCCGCCUGAAAGCGGACAGCAGCAGAAUGAAGCAGAUGGAGUUCCAUGAAGCAGCCUGCGAGUCCGGCAUGGACUUCGUGUACAAAGUGUAUCUGGAGGAGGUGGAGAGUUCCGAGUCCAGCCCCUACAUCUAUUACAACACGCGUCUCCAAGACAUCAUCAAGAGCGGCACUGACCCCGCCAAAGCCGGCGCCAGAAAGAAAUUCAUCUCACACGCUACAUGCCACGCGGCGCUGAGGCUGCAAGAAGGCCAGACCUAUCUCAUCAUGGGCCACGCCUCCGACCUGUGGAAAAUCAAGUCUGCUUACUCUUACGUUCUGGGCAAGAAUACUUUUGUUAUGCGUUGGCCUGCAGACCAGGAUGCUUCAAAGAAGGGACUCCUGGACCAGAUGGAGAGCUUUGCUGAAUACAUGCGUGCUCAUGGCUGUGAGACCUAGGACAACUGGGGCAAAAAGACCCGGAUCAAAGCCCCAGGUCAUCGCAGAGGAGCAGCUGAAAUGGGGGAGGAAGGGCUUCACAAGCAGUGGGGUGUAUUUCUCCUCUCACUCCCUCUCUCAAUUUCUCUCCUUCUCUGUCUCUCUCCAUCAAAAAAACAAACAAGCAACCCAGGAAGGGGUGCAGUGCAUAAACUAUCACACUCUCAAGCUUGAGUUUUUGAGUUUAAUUCCAGGCAUCGCAUGUGCCAGAGGGAGGCUCUGUUUCUCUCUUCAUUUCUCUCUCUCUAUCUAUCUAUCUAUCUACCUCUAUUCUAUCACACACACACAAAUAAAUAAAU